AUGAAAAAAACUUAAGAAAGAUAGGAACUAAGUGAACUAGAAGUAAGAACAAAUUAGUAGAUAAAAGAAUUGCACAAAAAAAAGCUGGACGAUUUAGUCGAAAAAGAGUAUAAUUCUAAAAAGACUACUUGUAUUCUUCCAUAGUUGGAAAGAUAAAAUAUUGUUAAAAAUGAAUCAGAUGUGCUGUAUGCAGUUUCAGAAAUAAAGCAAUUUCCCAUCAUUUAAGAUUAUUAAAUGAAGGACAUUGAGUGCAAUAAGUUUUGUUAUCAUUUCAUUGAGUAGAUGUAAUAUACAGUUGUUUAGUUGGGUGAAUAGAUACUAUAUAAUUAUUUAACAGAAGAUAUUAUUUGUUUCUUGCUUAAAGGAAAAGUAUCAAUUUACUAAGAAAAGACCACUUCUCAAAUUGAGGAGGACCUUAUAGAAUAUUUUAAAGUUCACUACCACUAAAUAAGUUUACAAAUCAAAGAAAAUAAUCUUUAAACGAAACUAAGAGAAUUUAUGAAAGACUUAUCUUCCUCAGCAAAUAAAAAAAUAUAAUAAACUUCAAAUUAAAUUAGUAAAGGAAGUAGUAAAGAAAUACAACAAGAUGAUCAAAUUAAACAUUAUUUUGAUAAAGAAGAGUUAAGAAUACUAUAAUCAAUAGUUAGAGAACUUAUUAUUAAAGGAAUAUUUUAACUUAUUGACUAAUAAGCUUAGAGUUAAAUGGAUUUGCAUGAAUAAUAAUAAAUAUUAUUGCUAUGGUACUAACCUAGAACAGAUUAUUAUUUUAAUGAGUGGGGAAUUCCUAAAUAUUUUGAAGUGCAAUCAUUUUAUUCAGGAGAUCAUUUCUCAAGUUAGAGAUUCUUUUAGGAAAAAGAAAAGUAAGUCUAUUUGAUGGUAGCAGCUGAUGAUUUGCAUAUGAUUACAAUGAAAAGAUCUUCAUAUGAAUCUAUAUCAAACUACUAACCAGAUUCACAAAAAGAAAAACUCAAGUUUAUUGGGGAUAAAUUUAAAGAUAUAUCUAAGAAUACAGUACUAAAAUUUAUUUAUCACUUCAAAAAAAAAGAAUUUAAAAGAAAGGAACACUUAUGGAGAGAAAAUGAAAAAGUUGAAGGGAUUUAUUUUAUUUAAAGCGGUGAAGUAGAAUAUUUAAAAUCUUAUAAAACAAAAUCAAGUUUAAUAAAGAAAUAAGACAAUUUAAAUCAACAAGAAAUGGAGCUGAUAGUUAAGAAUGACUAAAAGGUCUAAUUAUUACAAGUUUGCACAUUUCAUCAAGGAGAUUUUAUUGGAGAAGAGGAUUUAUUUGAAUCUAUAAGGUCUUAUUCAGCUGUGGCUAAAAGUGAAAUAGUGAUUAUUUAGUAUUUAUCUUUAGAUGAUUUAGGAAUUAUAAAAAAUUUUAUUUCAGAAAUAUAUUCUUAAUUGACAAGCAGGAUAGAUUCAAAAAAACGAAAUCUUGAUUAAAAAUUAAAUAUUGCUAUUUAAAAUAAUAAUUAAAAAGGAGAUCAAAAAUCUAUAAUAGAAAUACUCUCCAAUUAAAAACAUAGUAGAUAAUUGAAAAAUUUAAAUGAAAAGGAUAAAAAAAGAGAGAUAUAAAAGCUCAUAGAAACCAAAGAGCAAACUAAAUUUACAAACACUAAUGAUAUAAAAUAAAUAGAUAAGCUAAUUAGAAGUGAAUUCGGCAAAAAGAGAUAUCUUCAAAUGAUCAAAGAUAAUCCUUAAAUUGUUUUAUCCAAUUCAACAUUAAAUUCACUGGAGUCUGUAAUGAGUUUCACUGAUAUUUAAAAAAAGUAAGAAUAAUCACCUUAAAAAGAUGAGAGAAAUAAAUUAAGCAUAUAAUAAUCUAAAUAAAAUAAAAAUAUUUCUUAACAAUAAAGUAGCUCUCAAAAUUGUUCUUUUCUUUUAUUAAAUGAUGAUCAAUAAAAAAAAAAGAAUAGCAGCUAACAAGAUUUGAAAAAUCAAAUGAGAAAAUCAAUUAAAAAUGUUAUGAAUCUCAAUAAAUUUUUAUUUAAGUUCAAAACAAAAAAAGAUAGUUCAAAAAAUAGUGAAGAUGGUUCUAAUAUUCCAUCUUACAAUGAUUUUUUUUCAAAUGAGGUGGACACUAUUUUAGAUAGUUAAAAGCCUUGCAAUUCAAAUAAUUCUUAGCCAAAGCUGACAAAAGUUCAAAGUUCUAAUUCAAGUUAUUAGUAACCCUUAGCUUUGUAGCCUUAGAUAUCUUCAUCAAUCACAGGAAGCUCUAACCCUUAAAAAGACAAAUAAAAGAAAAUUACAUAUAAAGAGAGAUAGUAAAUUUAAUAACAAAAACUAAUGAAAGAAAUUAAUUCACAAUAAUUUUAAAAUUUAAAACAUUUUCUUUCUAACAAGCAAAUUGAGCAUCUUGCUAUCAAAAAACUAACAUAAAAAGAAAAUUAUAAGGAUAGAAAUAAAUUAACCAUAUUCGAGUAACAGCAAGUAAAGAAAAGUUUAUUAGAAAAACCUAUAAGGCAAGGAUAAAAAAAUGUAUUGACAGAUGAAUAAAAGAUGUAAAUUAAAACAGCAUUACAAUCUCUACUGCUAAACAAUUCUUAAAAGUUAGAGAGUGAUUUUAUUUUCAAGGGAGUCUAAACUUAGUAGUCAAUCAAAUAGCUUUAAUUGAAGAUGUAUUAAAAGCUAUAGUAAAAACCUGGAAUGUAAAGUUUAUGCCUUUCCCCACAUAUUAAAUCAAAAAGGAGUAGCCUAGCUAAUUCGUUGGCUGUAUCUCGCAAACAAAGCUAACAACUUGAAAUUAUAAAUUAAUUAUAAUUAAGUUAACCUAAUUCACCUACUUCUUCUGAUUCUUCUCCUAAUAUAUUUAAAUCAACUCAUUUAUUUUCUCAGAAUUCCAAUUAAAUGAAAUCUACCCCUUAAAAUUUUUCUCCCCUAAGUACCACUGAUAGAUUUUUUGAGUAAAGUUGUAUAAAAUAAAUAUGUAAUGAUCAUGUUAAUGAUAGUGUGAUAGAAGAAAGUAAAUCUAAUAGAUAAAAAAUUGGGUGUAAUUCUUUAAGUGUUGAUACAAGUUAUUCAAUUUUGACUGAGUAAUCUUAUCAGUAAAAUUAACUUGCAAUUUGUGUACACCGAAGAGUCUAAUCUGGUAAAGCAAGAAUUUAGUUAAAUAAACCUUAAUCUCCUAUAUUGUUCUCUAGAAACCAUAAUCCUAAGUAUUAAUUUUCAUCAUCAUUUUCUUCUUCUUCAAAUAAUCAAACUGCAAAGAAAUAUAAAUAAAACGAUAUUUAAAUAGAAUAACCCAGAUAUCAAAUUUUGUCAAUACAAAAUUAAUUAAAUAAUCUUAAAUAAAAUUAAUAAAAUAUCGAAAUAACCUUAAAAACUGAGCCAUAAAACCUUUAAAAGAGUUCUUUGUCUUAAAUGCUAGAUAGUUCUAAAAAUAUUAAAACGGAUACUAUAUUUAAGUCUUCUAUUAGAUGUAAUAACUCUACAUCAAAAUUACACGAUAAAUAAAAAUAAGAGUCUUCUAUUAGCAAUAUAGCCUAAAUAAAUAAUUCAACAGUAUGUAAUACUAAAAGAGAUAGUGCUAUUAUUUGGAAAGGCAUAGAAAAAAAUUUAUAAAGUUAAUCUAAUCCUUAUUUGAAUAAUGUACUUAUCGAUAAUUAGAAUUUAGAUUAUAGGGAUAAGUUUAAUUAAUAAGCUAGGCCAAUUAGUUCUUAAGUUUAUUCAAAUUUGAAAACAAAUACAAGAAACUAAUUUAUUAACACUCAGUUUAUUAAUAAAGUUGAUGAAAAGUCGCCAAUUGUUAUUAAAUCAUUGCAAUUAAACGAUUUUAUAAACUUCGAUAAACUAAGAUUAAACCCUAAAUAGAGACCAAACAGUUCUUUAAUAGCAUCUAAAACGUCCCCAACAUAACCUAACAUUUACCAAAAAUAAACAUUCAUGCCUACAGAAGUUUCAUAUUAAAAUAAUACUUCUUUAGCUUCUCCAUCAAAUCAACAAAGCUAAAUAAAUAAUUUAAUUUCAUCAAAAAAUAGCGUUUGUUUUUCAUAAUUAAGGACAACACUAAAUUUAAAUUCACCCUUGAUACAGUCAAAUAGAAAAUUUUUCUAAUCAAAUAUAUAAGAUAUCCAGAACAAAACAAGUUUAUCGUAUUAAUAAAAGUAAAACUUAACUUAAAAUUAAAGCAGUCCUAAAGUAAGUAGUAUAGAAUAGUAAAAAAUAUUACCAUUUAAAAGAAUCCACUCAGCAACUGCUAGAAAAAAGUUAAAAAAAAAUACAGUUAUAAACCAAAUAAUAAAUUAAUAUAAAAAAAGUAAUGGUCUUAUAUUGGUUCCUAAUGAUUUGUUAAUUUCUGAAAAUAAUAACACAAGCAUUAAGUGA